AUGGUACAAUUAUAUCGUGAUCUGCAAGAAAUCAAUGAAAUUAUUGCUAGCACAAUACCUGAAAAUACACACAAAGCUACGGCAAAAUGGGUCAAAAUAUUAGAAAGCUGGAGAUCAGAAGUAGGAUAUGAUUAUGGAGUUGAAACGAUUAAUGAUAGACAGCAGCUCGAACAUGAAAUGAUUGAAUUUAUUUUAGGGAUUAAACAAAUUCGUACUCAAUCUGAGUAUUCACCAUUAUCACUUAUUAACUGUAUAAGGUUACUAAGUGUUUACAUUUUUAAGCAUCCUGAAUCUACUAAUAAGUUUAAUAUCAAUAAUCGAAAGGAAUUUCCUCAAUUAUGGGAAGCUUUAAAUGGCAAGAUGAAGCACUUAAAAAGGCAAGGAAUUGUAUCACGGCAUCAUGAUCACCUGACCGAUGAUGAAUUAAAGCAAAUAUUUCAACAUUCUGCACUUUCUAUUGAUCAUCCUGAAGGGUUACUUUAUCGAAUUUUUAUGUAG